AUGGAAUUUUCUCAAUAUACCGGCCCCAGUCAAGACUGGCUCGCGAUCGAGUCCACUCUACCUGCGAUACCGCCAUUACCACCCACGGAGCUGAGAGACCUUGUCAAUAAAGGGCGCGAGGAACUGGCUGCGGAAGGCAUCAAGGACAUCGCAUCCCAAGUUCAAAUCUACAACUUCAACGUGACCACGCGAGACGGGGCCACCCUGCAAGUAUGCGUCUAUCGACCCGCCGACAUCGCCGCGUCCGAGAAACUGCCCGUCUACAUCCAUCUGCACGGUGGAGGCUUUCUCUUCGGCACUCUCACCUCCGAAGAUGGCAUCUGUGCGCGUAUCGUGGUCUCUCACAUGCAGAACCACACCCCCGUGGUCGUCUUCAAUGUCAAUUACCGCCACACGCCCGAGCAUCCAUUCCCCACCGCAUGGAAUGACGUCGAAGAUGCCUUUGUCUGGCUGCAUGACAAUAUGGACCGGAUCGGCGGUCUGGCCGACCAGGUCGUGGUCGGCGGCAUCUCCGCUGGCGCUCAAUUGACCCUCUCCUUGACCCUGACGCAAUUAUACGGUGAUAACGAGCGGGUGAAAGCGUGCCCCAAGAUCCGUGGACAGGUCCUGAUGAUCCCCUGCCUCGUGCAGAGAGUGCACUAUGGGUCUCGGACGGAGAUGCUGAGCAGUCCCGAGGUCUCGAGCUACGUGACCUGUGCUGAUGCACCGAUCUUGCCCGUCAGCAGAAUCGAAUUGUUCAUGAAGUUGCUUGAUCUGGACAAAUAUUCGGGUGCGGAUGCGGCUAGGAACUUACGCCUGAAUCCGGGUAAUGCCACCGCGGACCAAGUCAAGAACCUGCCUCCUACCACCUUUGGGAUUGCCGGAAAUGAUCCGCUUCGUGAUGAGGGUCUCCUCUUUGCCAAGUUGCUCUGUGAGAAUGGAGUACCGGCCGAUGUUCAUGUAUUCCCCGGUGUGCCCCACGGAUUCAGACGCUGGUUCGGCAAGCUGCCUGCUGGACGGCGAUGGGACAACGUGAUGGCUGGUGGCAUCACCUGGGCUUUGAGUAAUCCGACCGCAAAGCCAUUUGAGAUCAAGGCUGAGUGA